GCCGGCCCCGCCGGGCGCCCCUCGGCUUCUUCGGGCUGGUGGUGAGGGGCGAUGGGCGCCGGCAGCGGCUGAGCCGCCUGCAGUGAGGGGUGAGCGGCCCGGAGGGGCCGGCGGCGGGACAGAGGGAGCCGCCUCGGUACUGCUGCGGAGGGCUGGGCAGGGUACUUGCCCAUCAGGAUGGCAGCAUCAAACCUGGAGAACCAGCUGCAGAGCGCCCAGAAGAACCUGCUGUUCCUGCAGCGAGAGCAUGCCAGCACGCUCAAGGGCCUGCAUGCCGAGAUCCGACGCCUGCAGCAGCACUGCACAGAUUUAACCUACGAACUGACUGUAAAGGGUUCAGACCUGUCAGAAAAUGGUAGUUCAAGAAGCGAAGAACUCAGAAGAAAGUGUGAAGAUCUUGAAGCUCAGCUGAAAGCCAAAGAGGCUGAAAACAAUGAGUUAUUGAAAGAACUUGAACAAAAGAACGCGAUGAUAAUGGUGCUGGAAAACACUAUUAAAGAAAGAGAAAAGAAGUAUUUGGAAGAGUUAAAAAUGAAAAGCCAUAAGCUCAACAUGUUGUCGAGUGAACUAGAGCAGAGAGCAAGCACUAUUGCUUAUUUAACUUCUCAGCUGCAUGCUACCAAGAAGAAGCUGAUGACUUCAAGUGGGACUUCAGAGGGGACCCCUUCUGGCAGUCCUGUGUUGUCCAACUAUAAGCCAUCCCCUCCCAAAGACAAACUGCCAGAGACACCACGGCGUAGAAUGAAGAAGAGCCUGUCAACACCACUCAACCCUGAGUUUGAAGAGGCCUACAGAAUAGGGUCAGAUAGCCGAAAGCUGCUGCUGAGAGAGCCUGUGGAUGCCAUGCCUGAUCCCACCCCGUUUCUGCUGGCCAGGGAAACAGCAGAGGUGCACCUUAUUAAGGAGAGGCCGUUGGUCAUUCCACCCAUUGCUUCAGAUCGUGCGUCUGGUGAAUCGCAGAGCCCGGCCCGAGAGAAGCCGCACAAGGCACACAUUGGGGUGGCUCAUCGCAUCCACCACGUGGCACCAUCCCAGCCCCAGCCAGAGGUCGAAACACUGGCGGUGGAUCAGGUCCAUGGAAGCAAAGCGGUCAGAAAGCACUCAGGGACAGACAGAACUGUUUGAGUGAAACCUCUGGCGUGCUCUACUCUGGCUCUUUAUGCACUGUGAACCUGUAGGAUGAAUAGCACCUGCAGUAAUGUUUCUUUUGACACCCUGUGCAUGCCAAACUUCUUCCAAUCCUUAAUAGAUUGUGCUCCUCUGAUUAAACCCCCCUAGGACUGUGUCUGUAUGGCAAGGUAUAGAACUCCUACAUGCUGUGGCCAAAUCAGGGUAUCCGACCGCUUGCUUCUGAGCGCUGCUCUGUUAUCAUCACUCUGGGUGUGGACAGAGGUACAGGCUGCAGGCUGCGUUAUUAACUGGUUUUAGUGACAUCACCCUAACCCAAACCUGCAGCAACAGGUAUAGGCCAUUAGCACUGACCCCUCAGUGGGUCUUUUGUCUUCACUCUGUAUGUAAACAUGGCAUUCACAAACCCUGACCUCCAGACAAAGCCUUUCUUGCAGCAGUGCUGGAACCAAUGCAGCCAUACAUACAUCUUAAGUGGUACUAAGGACAUCUUUGCCUUCACACGCACAUGCUCUGGAUUGCAAAUGUGGUCAUAGGUUCUCUUCCUCAAAAUCCUGAUAGUCCCCAGCAAGCAUUACUUGGUUAAUCCUAACUACUUUGUUUUGUGGCUUUGUUUAAAUACAAAAUGGGGAGAUGGGUGGACAAAGCACCUUUUAAAAAGCUGACUGAUCCUCAUAGAGUAUGAACAGGUGAUUGUCGGGGGGGGGG